AUGUCCACCGCUAAGCUCAGUGUGACACAGACAGAUCUUGAUCUUCUGUGCGAUUACAGUCUCCAAUUGAACAGAUGGUUGCUGAAACCUAUCGGAGCUUGGCCUAAAUCAUCCACCACCACAAAAAUGGAAAAAGUUAUUUCACUAAUUUCGAACAUAAUUUGCUACUCCCUCAUUUUAGCCGCAGUAAUUCCUUGCGCACUGCACAUAAUCCUCGAGGAUGAGGAUAUUCGUUUAAAGAUCACAGCAAUGGGUCCUUUCAGCCACUGGUCCCUCGGAGGUAUCGGUUACACCACGUUGCUGAUGCACGGUAAAGAAAUAAAAUGGUGCGUGGAUCAGGUGAAAAGUGAUUGGAAAGCUGCGACAAAGCCGGAGGUGCAACAAGUGAUGCUAAAAGACGCGAAAUUCGGUCGUUACGUGGUAGCCUUUUGCGCAAUCUUCUUACAAGGGGCCAUUUUGUCCUUCAAUCUGCUAAAAGCAUUUACUAUAGAGAUCGUUGAAGCUGAAAACGAAACCAAGAUCAUAAGGUUGCUACCAUUACCGGCUUACAAAGGACUGGUACCAGUCGACACCAAUCCCGCAAACGAAAUUAUGCUUUCGGUGCAAAUCAUUUCUGGUAUCAUCGUAAAUUCUAGCUUUGUUGGUGCUUUCAGCUUGGCCACAGUCUUUACAGCUCACGUCUCUAGCCAAUUGAAUGUACUAAUGAUGUGGAUCACGGAGUUCGUAGAUCGAUCGGCAGAGCACGAAAAAUGUGCUGAUUUGAAGGGUAUAAAUGAUAUCGUGGAGAAACAUCUUACAAUUUACAGCUUCAUAUCACGUAUCGAAGCUAUAAUGAAUGAGAUAUGUUUCAUGGAAUUAUUCAAAUGUACAUUUAGCGUAUGUCUGCUUGGUUACUAUAUCCUUAUGGUACGCCGUAACAAAUAUGUUUUGUGA